UACUGAUUAUUUUUGGUACUGUGUUGGCGUCGAGUACAGAUUACUUACGUUAAGACGACUCGCAUGAUCGCAUCCUUCCCAAUCAGUUGACUCUAAACUCUAUAACGUUCCAAAACUUUCAAAUCCUUAGCAAAACCUUCGGACAAAUGGCGAUCUCAAGCUCUCUUUUCUCUCCCUGCACUACCGUAAAAUCUUCUCUUUCAAAACCCCUGAUAAAUCUUCGCUGCCCCUCUCCCACUGCCUGCCUCAAAUCGAACCACCCCAAUUUCAAACUUUCCUCUCCCAAUCUCUUCAUCUGCACCCAGAAAGCCAAAACUAAAUUCAGAUCUCAUUACAAGUCUCCUACCCGAUCCCUCUUCACGGGCAUUGUUGAAGAAACGGGCGAAAUCAAACAAUUAGGCGUUGCCGAACACGGCGGGUUUGAGAUGAAAAUUCAUGCAAAAACAGUUCUUGAAGGCGUCAAGCUGGGCGACAGCAUCUCCGUCAACGGAACUUGCCUUACUGUGACAGAGUUCGAUACCCGUUUGUCCGAAUUUACUGUUGGAUUAUCGCCAGAGACCCUUAGGAAGACGUCGUUGAUCGAGCUCGUGCCGGGCUCGGUGGUGAAUUUGGAGAGGGCGCUUACGGUGGAGACGCGAAUGGGUGGGCAUUUUGUGCAGGGUCAUGUGGAUGGAACAGGUGAGAUUGUGGCUCUGGAAGCAGAAGGGGAUUCCUUGUGGGUGAAGGUGAGGACGACGCCGGAGUUGUUAAAGUAUAUUGUUCCGAAGGGGUACAUAACAGUGGAUGGGACUAGCUUGACUGUCGUGAAGGUGUUUGAUGAAGAGGAAUGUUUUAAUUUUAUGUUGGUUGCUUAUACCCAGCAGAAGGUGGUGAUUCCUUUGAAGAAGGUUGGGCAGAAGGUGAAUUUGGAGGUGGAUAUUCUUGGAAAGUAUGUCGAGAGACUUCUCAGUAGCGGGUUUGUUAGUUCUAUUAAAACUUCAUGAUAAAGAGGUACUAAAAUGUAGUUCUAUUUCUGCGAGUUUUCUCUUGUUGUCGUAUCGCUAUGUCACGUAUUUUGUGUUGCCUUCCAUUUCUUCUUGUUUUGUUUGGUGCAUUUGUAAGACAAUUGAAAACUGCAUGGAAUGUCUGUGUUUUGGCUGUGUGGAA